GUAAGGAAAAAAAGGUGGAUAUUGAGCUCGGAUAUUAAAAGGACCCAAGAAAGCAGAAAGAUUGAGGGCACCACUAAAGUGUACAUUUCAUUCAUACGUUGUUUUGUUUUGUUUUAUUUUACCCCCAUUUCCAUGGCGGCUGCACGGCGCGGUCAUCAAUAAACGCUCUGUACUGAGUACGCGAGGGAUUUUGUCUACCUAGGGAGGAAAUCUGGAUUAACAGAUGAACUGUAAUGGCUAACUAACGCGUUUCUCUUUGGGACUGCUGUGAACGGAUUUCCACUCCGAGAGAGCUCCGCAGAUGAAGAUGGUUGUGUGUGGAUGCUGUGCGGCGUCCUGGAGGAGGUGUGUGGUGAUGAGUCUCAGACUGCUGUUCCUUCUCCCCGCAGGUCUGCCUGUCCGAAGCCAAGGAGAAUCCCAGUCCGAUAACAAACAGAUGGACAAUAUCACCAUCAGACAAGGAGAGCCGCUCUUCCUCAGUUGCGCACAAGGGGACUUAGUGACGCACACAGCGUGGCUCAACAGAUCAAGUAUACUCUACGCCGGAGAGGAUAAGUGGUCCGUGGACCCCCGGGUGAGUUUGGUUACUCUGAACCAGGAUGAGUUCACCAUCAAAAUUGAGGAUGUGGACUUGACAGACGAGGGCCAAUACAUCUGCGCGGUGCAGACUAGCAGCAGACCCCGGACCACAUCCGUGCACAUCAUAGUUCAAGUUCCUCCAAAGAUCGUGAACCUGUCGAAGGACCUUGUGGUGAAUGAAGGCUCCAACGUGACUUUAAUGUGCCUGGCUAACGGAAAACCAGAACCUGCCAUCGGCUGGAGGAUGUUAUCACCUUCAGAUGACAGCCUAAGCUCAGACAGUGAGGUUCUGGAGAUUCCAUUCAUCAGCAGAUACAGAGCAGGAGUGUAUGAAUGCACCGCAGCCAACGACAUUGCAGUGGACACACAGACUGUUGAGCUCACGGUCAACUACCCUCCCAGUGUUUCAGAUGGCAGAGAUGUUGGCGUGACCCUGGGUCAGAGAGGUGUCCUGCAGUGUGAAGCAGAUGCUGUACCCGAGGCAGACUUUGAGUGGUACAGAGAUGACAGGAGGAUCUUCAAUGGCUUUGAUGGCAUUGAGAUCGAGGAUGCCGGAGCAUUUUCAAAGCUGACAUUCUUCAACGUGUCCGAGGCAGACUAUGGCAAUUACACCUGCGUUGCUACCAACAAACUUGGGAGCGCUAACACAAGCAUCAUCCUGUAUGAAAUAAUUGAACCCACUAGUUCGACGCUAUUGCAAGCGGAGACGGCUUCAGUUUUAGAAAUGACUUCAUCCGAUUUAGAGCAAACCACCUUUGAAAACAAUGAUUUGUUGGAAGGACCCGGAGCAGUUCAGGAUGGCAACAGCGGCACGUCAACCGUCUUCACUCCCACCUGUCUACUUCUCGUCGUACUUCUACAACUCUUGCUCAAGUUUUGAUGCCGAACAUGUUUCCAGUGGCUAAAGAUCAGUUUGUGUGACAUCGCUCUCAUCUUGGAGUCACAAAGCGUGCAUGGGUUACCGAAAAUGCCCAAAAAUGUGCAUGGGGUACCCAAGUACUUCCUUUUAAUAAUGUAAUCAUGCAUUCCUUUUGUUUAUAAUAGUUUAAUAAUGUAACUUCUCUUACAUUGCUAAUUGUCACACUGUUUUGCCCCACUGAAUAGGGUUUGUAUCCACUAAAAGCAAAUGACAGAGAGGCAUGUUUAAUUUGAAAUAUUUAAUAUAAUUUAUUUUUGUGACUCUCAUUUUAAUUUAACUCUGUAACCCUUAAGAUUUCAUACAGAAUACAGUGCGACUGGGGAGUAAAUCAUUCAAGUCAACGGCAUGCGAUAAGGAAGGGCGUAUGUCUCCAUUUUGUUUUUGUUUUUUAUUGUCGCUAUAUUUUUACUGUAUCAUAACUGUACAGCCGAGCAAAAUAAGCAGCAAAAAAGACGCAAACAUAUUUUUUUGAGUACUUCUAAUCUUUAUUUCACCAUUUAACACACACAAAACAAUGCAGUACAAAUCAUUUAGUUUUGAUUUUUAUGUUUUGAUGACCAGAAUGACACAGUUGGACUAUGCAGAACCAUAUAAAAGCUGUAUAUUAAAUGGGUUUAUUUACAUCACACAGUAAUAAAUCAAAUGUUGGAAACAUUUUAGUAUAUAUGGAAUGGCAAUGUAUGAAUUGAAAUUGGAAAAUGAAGCAUGCAUUUGGAGCUUUGUUGCAGGUGUAAUGCAAACUUAUUGAAUCUAAUUUGAAAGCCCAAAGAGCAAUCUGCUAAUACACGCGGAGUUUUAUUUUUGUUGCCACAAUAGAUUUAAUUAUUAUUAUUCUGUCCAGAGUUAUACAAACCAAACCGGGCGCUUAAAUGUUCAUUAUUUAAACACGUUGUUCCUGCUAACAUCUCUGUAUAUGUAUAUGCAUAUAUAUAACUUGUACAAAGGGAAAAUAUGCACACUUGUUUUUACUAAAAUUGUGAAACUGUUUAAUACAAUGCAGCGAUUCCUAUUUUUUGUUAUUCCCUUUUUCUGAAGCUGUGUAAUUUAUUUCUCAACUGGUAUUAUGGUAGAUACCAGCUCAUUGCAGUUUCUCAUUGUGAAAUCUGAUGUCUAAAUAUUGUGCUUUAUAUAAAAAGCAGACGAGACUCGUUGGCCUUCAUCAUUUCAUCAGAUCUCAUCUCAUCUGAUGUCCAGACAUCCUUUGUAUUCUAGAAAAAAAAAAGAGAAUUGAUUUAAAGUUGGUGUUGACCUCAAAUCUAUAUUGCGAUUUUCUUCUCUAUUUUUUCGGUUAUAUUUGAUAGGAUGUAUGCGUAAUGUUUCCCUUUUUUUAUUUAAAGGAAUAGUUCUGCCAAAGAUUAAAACUCUCAUCAUUUAUUCACCCUCAUGCUUUUCCAAAGACAUUCAUUUUUCAGAACAACUUGCGAUUUACGGAAGAAGAAAAUCAUCCAGGUUUUGAAAUGACUUGAGGGUGAGUAAAUGAUGGCAGUUUUCAUUUUUGUUCGAACAGUUCUUUAAAUAUCAUGAAUCACGUAUCCGAUGGAAAUUAGUCUAAGCACAAGAUGUAUGUUAAUGAAAGGGAAUGUGAUGAUGUGCAGUUUAGUGGGUGACGCUGUGUUUUCUUUCUCCAAACUAGUAUUGUUCAGCAUUAUGCCAUUAUUUUAUUUUCUCUGUUUUUCUUUAAGAUAUAGGGACCACAACCAGAUUUAGAACAGUUUAAGCAUUUCAUACAUCUGUGAGACUAAUUUUAUGGCAAUGUUUUAAUUUAGAAAAUCACAAAAUGUACAACCCGUCGUGAUAAUGUCUGUGAGUUCCUGCGUGGAAAAGAUUUCGGAUCAAGGCUGAUCGAAGAGCGAGAGAUCAAUAAAUGCACCGUAUUAACAGAAACUCAAGGCUCAUCUGUUCACGGCUCUAAUUCAAUUCUCAUGUCCAACUUGAUGUAAGGAUUGACUUAAUUCCCACCACCCAACCUUUAAAACAACAGACCUCUGGUGAUCUCUGGUGGUUCCCUGGAGAGGAUCAAAUUGAGGAUUUUAACUCCAUGUAUUGUAAAGAAUUUGUUGCGUCAUAUGUUUUUCCUUUAAUGGAGAUGGUGUGUUCAUAUUUAAGACUUACAAUAAUAAAAUGUUGUAUCAAACAGAA